AUGGCGUUGGUCGCGCCGCCGCCCUCCUGGGCCUCGCGGGACCCCGGGGCCGCCCUGGGCGCAGCCGGCGGCGGCGGCGGUGGCGGCGGCGGGCCCCUUCAGGUAGGCCCGCCGCCGCCGAUGCCGCCCGCGCAUCUGACGCCCUCGGCCACGCCGGAGGAUAUCACCUGUCUGGUGCCCGCCGGCUCGGUUCUGACCUCGAGGGACCCCCUGCCGCCCAGUACCACCCCCGGCAGCCAGGCCAAUAGCUCCCAGUCCGGCAGCUCGCAAACGGAUAAGUCGCCGAACAUCGAGUGCGUCGUCUGCGGGGACAAAAGCAGCGGCAAACAUUACGGACAGUUUACUUGCGAAGGGUGCAAGAGUUUCUUCAAGAGGAGUGUCAGGCGGAAUCUAACGUACUCGUGUCGAGGGACUAGAAAUUGUCCGAUCGACCAACAUCAUAGAAACCAGUGCCAGUUUUGCCGCUUGAAAAAGUGCCUGAAGAUGGGCAUGCGCCGGGAAGGUAUGCACUCUGUGCAGAGGGGGCGAGUGCCGCCGUCGCAACCCUCGCUGCCGGGUCUGCCGGGCCAGUUCGCCCUGACGAACGGGGACGCGGUCGCGUGUGCCAGCCUAAACGGACACUCUUACCUCUCGUCGUAUAUAAGCCUGCUGCUGAGGGCGGAGCCCUAUCCGACCUCGAGAUACGGCCAGUGCAUGCAGCCCAACAACAUCAUGGGUAUCGACAAUAUCUGCGAGCUCGCGGCGCGGCUGCUCUUCUCGGCGGUCGAGUGGGCCCGGAACAUCCCGUUCUUCCCGGAUCUUCAGGUGACGGACCAGGUGGCCCUGCUCAGGCUAGUGUGGAGCGAGCUGUUCGUCCUGAACGCGAGCCAGUGUUCGAUGCCCCUCCACGUGGCGCCGCUUCUAGCGGCGGCGGGCCUCCACGCCUCGCCGAUGGCGGCGGACCGCGUGGUCGCCUUCAUGGAUCACAUCAGGAUCUUCCAGGAGCAAGUGGAGAAACUCAAGGCGCUCCACGUCGACUCCGCGGAAUACAGCUGCCUCAAGGCCAUCGUCCUCUUCACCACCGACGCCUGUGGUCUCUCGGACGUGGCGCACAUCGAGUCCCUUCAGGAAAAGUCGCAGUGCGCCUUGGAGGAGUACUGCCGGACCCAGUACCCGAAUCAGCCGACAAGGUUCGGCAAGCUGCUGCUGCGAUUGCCGUCGUUACGCACGGUCUCGUCGCAGGUGAUCGAGCAGCUCUUCUUCGUGCGGCUGGUGGGCAAGACGCCGAUCGAGACGCUUAUCAGGGACAUGCUGCUGAGCGGCAACAGCUUCAACUGGCCCUACAUAUCCACGAUGUGACACUCUGUCUGGCGGCAGCUAGCUUCCGCAUAAUAUUACACCUCCAACAGCGGUAUCGCGGCGUCCGACGAGUCGCAAACCC